UCUACAUAAACCAACCCUCUCAAAAACCUUCUAUCUAAAAGAAACAAUGACCUGCAAAUCUACAAAGUCAACUACCACCGUCUCAGACGAUGCGGCAUCAACCCACUCCUACCUUUCCACAACAACAACCCUGAAGGGCACCGACGCCGAACCCACCACGAAGAAAUGGUUCUCCCUGAAGAAGACAGAGAAGACGGGUACCUCUACACCGAAGCGCACCAAAAGUUCCGAAAAAGCGCUACACUAUGAGGCCAUGGCUACCUACCUUGCGUAUCGGUGAAGAUGCAAGGAAAGGCGAUAUAUCAUAUCCAUCAAGAGAUCGAAAGGAUCAUCGAACGGAGCUAAUGCUGGGGAUACAUGACAACUCAUUGAUGACGUACCGUACCCUUUCUGCCUGGUGCACCUCGGGGACUUUGCUUCGAUUUUUUCUUCUGUUGGGAAAAUUGGCGUUUGGGAUUAAAUAUUAGAUUGCACGAUGCGCUGUGUUUACGAUUUUGAGCGCUUUGGUUUGAGAUCGAACUCUUGUUCUUGAUGUUUAGUUAAUACUGAGUAUUGGGAUGUGGUGAUCGGUUUCUCUGCAGAGAACCGAGUGCAUAAUGGAUUAUAUUUAUUAUCUUAUGAUUGGGAGACUGAAUCUUUUUGUUCAUAUAAAUUGAAGGCGAG